UUCUGCAGGGAAGUGACGUUCUGCUGGUGUCGAGCAGAGCUCCGUGCCUUCGGUUCCCGAGCUCAGCUUGCCGUCCCCUCGCUGGCGUUGGUUUGAUUUCCAUCGAUACACGAGUUGUGAACUCGAAAAUUGCUCCUUCCUUGUUUCUGUUGUUUCCUGGCAGUCUCCGCCUUCUGCACUUACUGUAAGCUCUGCAGCUCCUUCCCUGCCUCCCGGCGCAGAGGUAGAUAUGCGCCGAGGGUGCCUGGAAGACAUUGGCACCAGAUUAAAGCUUUCUACCUGUUGCUGGUGACCUACAUCUCCAAGACCCUUCCCUUCCUCCUGGAAAGAAGGUGUCCGGAGCUGGCCAGGAUGGCGCAGUGGAACCAGCUGCAGCAGCUCGACACGCGGUACCUGGAGCAGCUCCACCAACUCUACAGUGACAGCUUUCCCAUGGAGCUCCGGCAGUUCUUGGCCCCGUGGAUUGAGAGCCAGGACUGGGCGUACGCUGCCAGCAAGGAGUCGCACGCCACGCUGGUGUUCCAUAACCUGCUGGGAGAGAUCGACCAACAAUACAGCCGCUUCCUGCAGGAGUCCAAUGUCUUGUACCAGCACAACCUGCGGCGCAUCAAGCAGUUCCUGCAGAGCAGAUACUUGGAGAAGCCAAUGGAAAUAGCUCGCAUCGUGGCUCGCUGCCUGUGGGAAGAGUCCCGGCUCCUCCAGACAGCUGCCACCGCAGCCCAGCAAGGGGGACAGGCAACACAUCCAACAGCAGCAGUAGUGACAGAGAAGCAGCAGAUGCUGGAGCAGCAUCUGCAGGAUGUGAGGAAGAGAGUGCAGGAUCUGGAGCAGAAGAUGAAAGUGGUGGAGAAUCUCCAGGAUGACUUUGAUUUUAACUACAAGACUUUGAAAAGCCAAGGAGACAUGCAGGAUCUGAAUGGAAACAAUCAGUCAGUGACUCGGCAGAAGAUGCAGCAGCUGGAACAGAUGCUGACGGCGCUGGAUCAAAUGCGGAGGGGUAUCGUGAGCGAGCUGGCUGGCCUGUUGUCAGCCAUGGAGUAUGUGCAGAAGAUGCUGGCGGAUGAGGAAUUGGCAGACUGGAAGAGACGGCAGCAGAUCGCCUGCAUUGGCGGCCCACCAAAUAUCUGCUUAGACCGGCUCGAGAACUGGAUAACCUCUCUUGCCGAAUCACAGCUCCAGACCCGGCAGCAGAUCAAGAAAUUGGAAGAACUGCAACAGAAAGUGUCCUACAAAGGUGACCCCAUUGUCCAACACCGGCCCAUGUUGGAGGAGCGGAUUGUGGAGCUGUUUAGGAACUUGAUGAAAAGCGCUUUUGUCGUGGAGAGGCAGCCCUGCAUGCCCAUGCACCCCGACCGGCCCCUGGUCAUCAAAACCGGCGUGCAGUUCACCACCAAAGUCAGGUUGUUGGUCAAGUUUCCAGAGCUGAAUUAUCAACUGAAAAUUAAAGUCUGCAUUGACAAGGACUCUGGGGAUGUUGCAGCACUUCGGGGGUCCCGGAAGUUUAACAUCCUGGGGACAAACACCAAGGUCAUGAACAUGGAAGAGUCAAACAACGGCAGCCUCUCAGCAGAGUUCAAGCACCUGACCUUACGGGAGCAGCGGUGUGGAAAUGGAGGCAGAGCCAACUGUGAUGCCUCGCUGAUCGUCACCGAGGAGCUGCACCUCAUCACCUUUGAGACAGAGGUGUAUCACCAGGGGCUGAAGAUCGACCUGGAGACCCACUCGCUGCCUGUGGUGGUCAUCUCCAACAUCUGCCAGAUGCCCAAUGCCUGGGCGUCCAUCCUGUGGUACAACAUGCUGACCAACAACCCCAAGAACGUGAACUUCUUCACCAAGCCCCCCAUCGGGACGUGGGACCAGGUGGCAGAGGUGCUGAGCUGGCAGUUCUCUUCUACCACAAAGCGUGGCCUCAGCAUUGAGCAGCUGACGACUCUGGCAGAAAAACUCCUAGGACCAGGUGUGAACUACUCGGGCUGUCAGAUCACCUGGGCCAAGUUCUGCAAGGAGAACAUGGCUGGCAAAGGCUUCUCUUUCUGGGUCUGGCUGGACAACAUCAUUGACUUGGUGAAAAAGUAUAUCCUGGCGCUGUGGAACGAGGGGUACAUCAUGGGAUUCAUCAGCAAGGAGAGGGAACGAGCCAUCCUGAGCACUAAGCCUCCAGGAACCUUCCUGCUCCGGUUCAGCGAGAGCAGCAAGGAAGGUGGCAUCACCUUCACGUGGGUGGAGAAGGACAUCAGUGGGAAAACCCAGAUCCAGUCUGUGGAGCCUUACACCAAGCAGCAGUUGAACAACAUGUCAUUCGCGGAGAUCAUCAUGGGCUACAAAAUCAUGGAUGCCACCAACAUCCUGGUGUCUCCCUUGGUGUAUCUGUACCCGGACAUCCCCAAGGAGGAGGCGUUUGGGAAGUACUGCCGUUCCGAGAGCCAGGAGCACUCUGAAGCUACUGACUCAGGUAGUGCUGCUCCGUAUCUGAAGACCAAGUUCAUCUGCGUCACCCCCACCUCCUUCAGCAACACCAUCGACCUGCCCAUGUCCCCGCGCACCCUGGACUCGCUCAUGCAGUUCGGCAACAACGGCGAGGGAGCAGAGGCCAAUGCAGGAGGGCAGUUUGAGUCGCUGACCUUCGACAUGGAGAUGACGCAGGAAUGUGCUUCUUCACCCAUGUGAGAUGCUCGAGUGGCGCUGGUGGGCGCCUUCCCAGGACUCUGCCUCUCGCCUCCACAGAGCUCCUUGGCUCUUGCCUGGCUCAGUCGUGGUUACUCUGGGCCUUUCCUUGGAGGAGCCAAGGGCCGAGGCACUUGCCACCAAUUCCUUGUUUGAUCCAAGUGAGCACCGCCGUCUCCAGGGUGGUGCCACUCAUCUCUUUAGGGGAAUUUGGGGGGGGGAUGAACCUUUUUCUAUUUCCUUCCGUAACGGUUUUUUAUUCUUGUUUUGCUCAUUCAAGUGCCUAUUAGCCUCCGAUCGCAGCCUCAGUCUCUACAAACGCUUCUGCAGCCCCAGUUGUGCUGCCUGUUGUUGAAAGCUGCUUUCCUGACUGCUAGAGUCCAAAAGCUCUCGAAGAUCUUAUGAGCCUGGAUCCACCUCCAGGUUCCUGAGAAAGGAUGGGCCGGUUGUGGCCUCCACGUGGGUUCCUCAAUGUAUUGUGUGAUGAGAUCUGCUUUGCUGCUGCCCCAGGAGCCCUCAUGGAGCUCAUGGAGUGCAGUGUGGAGCACUCCAUGGAGCUCAUGGAGCGCAUGGAGUGCAGUGUGGUCUCCUCUCUGCAUCUUUAGCCCUGCUUUUGGCCAGGAGGACCAGCAAGCAGCUCUAAGCCACCAGUUGGAUGGGCCCAGGUGAUGCUUCCACAGGGCUUUGCUGGGAGCAGGGAGUUUUGGUGGCUGCCUGUGCUUGCCACCACCUUCCUGCCGCAGCACGGAAGGGACAACUAGUUUCCGUCAGUGAUAUGUCCCAACACCGGUACAUCCCUGUGAGCAUGGAGUGUUUUGAGGCCUGGGUGAAAUCACAGAGGCUCUUCUGACCAGCACUGCAUGGCCUGCCCUGGCCCUGUUCCCUCUGGGAUGGCUUGGGAUGGCCAGGCAGUAGGUUUGGAGCUUCUUGGGGGCUUUACGUGGCUUUUUUUUGUUGGAGGUUGGCUGUCGUCGUUAAGGUAGGAGGUGGCAAUUGAAUUGAAGGGAGCGGGAUGUACGCGAGGAGAGGAAUCCACCGUGGGUCAGCACUCGGUGGAGAUGUGAGUGUUGCAAAGGGCAGGUUUCCUGCUCGAGGGAGUCGAGGAAAGCUGGAGGCUGUGCUGACCGAUGGCUGUGGUUCAAUAUUUUACCAAAACAGGGGCAGCCCUCCUGCCCUUUCCAUGCAGGGUGGAUGCAGACGUGGAUGAGCAAAGAAGGGGAGUGAGAGGCAGCUGAGAUCUACCCCCGUCCCCCUCCCCAGCAUCUGGUAGCCCGUGGUGUUAGCGAGACUCUGGUGGCACGAGGGGGUUGGUGCUGUGCUCAGCAGAGAAACAUCUUACUGGGCACCAGCCCGGGGCUUUACAGGUCCGAUGUGUCUUGGUUUGGGUCAGGGUGGAGAGAAACCCUCAAUCUUUUGUACCAGUGAUGCUGCAGGGAUGAUCCAGCGCGUGGCUCUGGCUCUUCUGCCCAGUGAAGACCGUGGGGUGUCCCUGCAGCCCCCCAACUGCAGACAAAGCUGUCAGCAUCACAGCCAGAAGGCAGGGCAAGGGGUAGGAUCCCCAGGGAAGGGAGAGAGAGCACUGUUGAGUCCAGACUCUGAGCUGUGCGUGGGCACCAGGUGGUGGCUGUGGCUGGCCUUGGGGUCAGGAAAAUGCCCUUGGAAGCUGGGAGGUGCUGAGAGGGAACGAGACUCGUUCCCCUUGCUCAUGUGUGGCUGCCCCCAGCUGCUGUAGGCCUGGGCAGCAUUCAAUACUGUAAAAAAAUCUUAUUUUUUUGUAUAUUUUAUUGCUGUAUUUACAGGCUUUUACCUCCAAAAUAAAGGCUCUGAAGCGACGUGCGCCGAGGGG